UGACGUUUUCAUGAGCGGAAACUAGUCUUCAUUAUGCUAAACGAGAGGAAACCUAAGUAAAUGCAGUGGGCCAUACAAUUCCCGUGGUAAAUUAUCAUUUCCUAAGCGAAAGAAAGAGGCAAGAGGAAUAACAAGGUGAAAGGCUUGUGUACAAACUAACAAAGAUACACAAUAUUGACCGACCGGGAUCAGUAUCGCUCUCUGAUCAAGAUCCUUAUCACACUUUCUACCGCGCAUGCUAACUAAAUAUCAUGUCAAGCAUGGUGAAUGAGUGCAGUGAUCCGUGUAUGGAAGACCUAGGACUGUAGCGCUUCAAAAUGAGAGGUCUUAACUUGCUUUGGAACAAAGUAUAUUCUUCAGUCCUCUGAAAGCUUAAAGCCAUUUUGAUAACUAUUCUAACAACGGGCUUGUUUUUUCAGUUGAACGCUGACUUCAGAUCUUUUGCAAGGAUAGCACGUGACCGAGUGGGUGACGGUAGAAAUAAAAAUGUAUUCCCUGAAAGACAUCACGAAUGGCUGCGUGAAGAUAGAAAUCCCUGAAAAUCCGCACUGCAAAGAAAUAAUCUCCGCUUGCGAGAUGCCAGUCGUGAAAGUGGAAAUUUCUGAGUCAGCGUGCAGCACGGUCAACCACCAAACGAUUUCACUUCCACAGGAGUCAAUCUAUGAAGUGCCUGCUAUUGAAGAAGUAAACACUGGCAGUCGAGAGGAUGUGCUGAACAUUCAGAUCAGCAACGUUCAGGGCGCGCUAUCUAAUCAAAUCGCUGACAAGAAUGUAAUGCCUGUGUAUCAGAUAGAAAACCACGACGAUAAACCAAACGAAUGCAAAGAAUUGCAUUCUCCAGCAGUUGAUAAUAGCAACCAAGAAGAGCAUAUACCAGCUGAAGGUGUACACAAUCACAAUGAUAAACUGCCCAACUCAGUGGCUUCUCGAGAGGAGACGUCCCCCAAUAUGUCUCCCAAGAUGUCUCCGAUGGAAAGUGAAGAACAAUCUCCUGGCCACAACUCGCCUGUUUUCAACGGGGAAUCAUCACCUGAGACGGCUCAUCAGGAGAAAGAAAUUGCCUUCCGGUUAGGUUCUCCAGAGAGGGCGCCAUCUUACCGAUUGGCCCAUCAGCCAGAUACCUUACCAGUGAAAAGCCAGUACAUGGCUUACCAGUUGAGUUCCAAUGGAACCAAAGCAGCUUACCUGUUUACUUCCCCGGGGAAGAUACCUCCCUAUCAGAAUGGUACCUCUGAGAGUGCCCCAUCCAACCAUGCUUUGGGAUCCACAUCUACUCCUCUGAGUUCCAAUGCUACGGUGCCACUUUACCACAUGGAGGAAACGCCCACCUCACAAAAUGGGGACUGGAAGAAAAGUGAAAAUUAUCAGAUCAGCUACUACAAUGGAAUGCCAAUGUACUAUGGUGACUACAGCCUGCUCGAUCUGCAACAAGGACUUCCAUUCUGGCCAUCAGAGUCCCGCGAUUUGGUGUCAAACAACCAGAAGAAGACCCAGAAUUGCAACUGUUGCUGCCAUGCACAAAAUGAUUUUACUCGUUAUCCUGAAUUGAAAAGCCAGCGCCCGUCAGUUAUUAUGGUUCCUGUGAACUGGAACAGAAGUAAUUCUGGAAUAUCUCAUUUGCCAUUGAAGCAGGUUGACAACGCAAAUUACAAGAUGCAUUCACAGACUCGGGACGUUCCUAUGGACUACUCAGAUGACUCAGAUUCCUCUGAUGAUGACGAAAACGGAAAACGAGAAAAGUAUUUCCGAAAGAACAUCGAUGGAACAACAGCCAGAUUUAAGCUGACCAAAGAGGACUGGGCAAGAAUUCCAAUUAACACAUUCCCUAGCGGUGGCCGUUUGUUGAGCGGCGACUGGACACGAAUCUUCCUCAGCAAAGUCAAAGAAAGCAACCCAUGGUGCAGUUUGCGCUUCAAGAAUAAUCACGUGCGGUCAGAAAACUCUCGGAAAAUCCACUCAGCGGUGUUCUUCAGGGGAGGCGCGGAGUGCAAGCGACCAGAAUGCAACGUGAAGGUGCGAUUUGUGAUCCGAAAAGAAAGAGGAAAACACGUGGAGGUGACCUACCUGGGAAAUAUUUGCCAUAGCAGUCAGCCGGGUGGGGGUGAAAUCUCGAGCGAAGCAAAGAAAAUGAAACGUGCUCGCCGGACAUAUUCUACUUAAACAGAGUUUCGUAGGAUUUGCUGGAAUAACGCGUUUACAUUAGAAUUCAUUUUUAAUAUCAGUUUAAGCUAAAAAGUUGAUGAAUUGAAAACUUAAAUGUCUUUAUUGCGAGUCGUUGACAUUGAAGUGUUUUGUUUUUCGAUUCUUUUUCUUUUGUUUAAGGUAUUAUAUUGUGGAUGGCAUAUUUUUGUAAACGAUUGCUGGACUUUACAAGAAAGUUGAAGUUUGUAACUUUACUUGUGUAAGGAAAGCAAUUCUAUUGCUCAACGUGGCUUGUAUUUAUAUGCUAAUUUGGAUUCUGGAGAGUUGUCUCUUGAGAGUGUCUAUUUGAAACAAGUAUAUUUACAUAUACGCCUUUGAACAAUAUGCAAAAACAAUAUUUUUUCUUCAAAAAGAGCAGUUUUUGCUACGUUUAUGUAAGGAAAUUUGAAAAUAAUUAUAUUAUCCUCUAUUUUCGAUAACAUCGCUUUUUCACAAUGUAAAUUUAUCAAUCUUCUUUCAUUUAAAAGAGAUGAUGCUUGAAAUACCGAGUUGUUUCCUUGUGUCCAUAAGGUUCUGUUGAAAACAAGAGGGGUGGGACUUAUGUGGCGGUUUUGUGUGUGCAUGGGAGAGGUAUAGGUAGAGGAGAUGGACUCAGCCGGAGUAUCGAGGUCCUAUAUUUGAUAUGUUGAUUUAUUUGAUUAAGUUGGAUUGAAGGCUUGUCACUCAUGACCACCACCCCCUUCCCCACAUUGCUCAACCACUACCACUCCCUCGCCCCCAGGACAAAGCCCAAAAAGCGUGCUGCAGUCGCCAGAACAUCCGUCAGCUCCGGACUUUUUCAAAAUAUUCAAUUCUGAAAGAACUUGUGCAAAAAGUCUUAGAUUCAU